AUGAACGACGGCGAAGGAGAUCUUGUCUUUCAAGAAAGCGACGAUUUUUAUGACGAAACAGGAAUAUAUGAAAAUUAUGAAGAAGAAGGAGCUGAAUUCAUCGAGGUCGAUGGCCGUUUGGUUCCUCAUGACCCUGGGCAGCGAAAUCGACCUGGACCAAGCAGUUCUCUUCAUCACGAGCAACACAGUGAGGUCGCUGUGAAGGAAGAAACGUUGGAGCAUAAUCCUCAUCGCGUCUACCUGCCUCCACCUCGAGCUGUGCAACGCAAGUCGGGACCAAGCUCUGGAGCUUACGAUCCUCUCAGAAACGUGCCAGUCGCUUCCCCAAUGUACUCUAGACCUGGUGCGAGUAGACCAGCAGGAGGAGAACUUACUGGAGAACAACGGAAAGCCUUUAUAGAGAUGAAAGAACAAGUGAACCAAGUUCGCAUGAAAACGAAAAAGAAAGUUUAUGCUCCUGGACAACGUAAACCAUGCAACUGCACGAAAUCACAAUGUCUGAAACUCUACUGUGACUGCUUCGCGAACGGAGAGUUUUGCCGUGACUGCAACUGCAAGGACUGCCACAACAAUAUAGAUUAUGACAGCCAACGAUCAAAAGCCAUUCGUCAGUCUUUGGAGCGAAAUCCAAAUGCUUUCAAGCCGAAAAUCGGAAUAGCUCGUGGUGGAACCGCGGAUAUUGAACGCUUGCAUCAAAAGGGAUGCCACUGCAAGAAAAGCGGUUGCCUGAAAAACUAUUGCGAGUGCUACGAAGCAAAAGUGCCCUGUACUGAUCGAUGCAAGUGCAAAGGCUGUCAGAAUACGGAAACCUACCGGAUGACAAGAUUCAAAAACUCUGGUGGCCCGGGAGCUGGUGCUAAUGCGCUGAUGUCGUUAACCAACGCAAAUUCAAGCACAGCUACUCCAGAUUCUGGACCAGGAAGUGUCAUGACAGAUGAAUUGGGUGAUGACUACGAUGACAUGCUUUUGCCGCAAAAACCAAAGCCUGAAACAGAUCCGAGACGUUUCCCAUGGUAUUACAUGACCGAUGAAGUGGUUGAGGCAGCAACCUUGUGUAUGGUUGCUCAAGCCGAAGAAGCGCUGAACACCAACUUCUCGGAGAAGAUUCAGACCGAAGAUGAUAAAAUCGUCAAUAUGGAGAAAUUGGUUCUUCGUGAAUUUGGUCGUUGUCUCGAGCAAAUGAUCACAAAUACUACUGAAGCUACAAUUGGUCUCGAUGCUUCAAAAAAUGAAGCUCUACCAUCGACCAGCACUUCCUAA